AUGUCUUCGUCAUCUGCUGCAUCGACGCCCACUGCCACCCCAGAUGCUGACAACUCGGUCAGCUGCAGCCCCGGGGGAGGCGCCAGCGAUUACACUCAGCUUCGGAUAGCGGCCAUUUUUAUCAUCAUGUGCACCUCCAUGUUCGGUGCUCUUUUUCCUGUCCUUGCUCGGCGGACACAGUGGCUGGCGGUGCCGAAAGGGGUGUUCGACUUUGCAAAGUAUUUUGGAUCGGGCGUCAUCAUCGCGACUGCCUUUAUCCAUCUCCUCAGCCCUGCUUUAGAUGAGCUAAGCAACGACUGUCUAUCGCCUGCAUGGCAAGACUACCCAUAUGCACUCGCAUUGGCCAUGCUCAGCUUAUACUCAAUCUUUAUCGUCGAGCUCAUCGCCUUCCGAUGGGGUAACGCCAGACUAGCAGCCCUCGGAGUUAAACACGAUGCCCAUGGCCACGGCCUCGGCGGGCACGCGGCACACGGGCCCGAGGGCAACACCCAGGUGGCAACCGCGGGGAACACGAACGAUCCGUUGCGCGUGGACUCGCCCGUGCCCGAGAAGUCUAUAGAGGACGAUAAGGAGGCUCAGCACGAGCACACGCACGUCUGGGAUCAUUCGGCGGUCGCGCAGGUCAUUGGGAUAUGCAUCCUCGAGUUUGGUAUCGAACUGCACAGCUUCCUCAUCGGGAUGACGCUUGCCGUGGACCCUGACUUCAAAGUCCUAUUUGUCGUCAUCGUCUUCCACCAAAUGUUUGAGGGACUCGGUCUGGGCUCGCGUCUGGCGUUCAUGAACCUGCCCCGCAGGCUGAACUACGUGCCCAUCGUUGGCGCGCUCCUGUACGGCUUCACCACGCCGCUCGGCAUCGCCGUCGGAAUGGGGAUCAGAACGACGUAUAACCCCAACACCCCGACCGCGUCAAUCGUUAGCGGAGUCAUGGACUCGCUGAGCGCUGGAAUUUUGCUGUACACUGGUCUGGUUGAGCUUCUCGCCCACGAAUUCCUCUUCAACAAGGAGAUGCACGCCGCGUCGAACGGCAAGCUUGCCUACGCCCUGAUAUGCAUGCUCUUGGGCACGGGCAUCAUGGCCCUCCUAGGGCGGUGGGCAUAA